AUGAAAAAGAAGAAGAUUCCUAUAGAGAAGAUUGAAAAAAAGAAGUCUCAUAAUGUGACUUUGUCAAAGACAAGGAAUGGUCUAAUCAAGAAAGCUUGGGAGUUCUCAAUUCUCUCCAGCGCAUCCGUUGGCGUUCUUGUAAUCUCUGUAGCCGGCCACCAUUACACUUAUGGCUUUCCUUCCCUUGACUUUGUGGUCGACCAAUUCUUCUCUAGAACCACUGUUGGCCCUUCCACUUUGACGACUGGUUCGUCUUCCUUUGUCUUCGUGGAUGACCAAUUCCUCGCAAGUUAA